AUGACGACUCCAAGUAUUCCCAUCAUCGAUUUAGAGCCAGCGCGCUCCGGUGGCCCUGAGGAACUCGCCAACCUCGCGCACGAAAUAUACCAGGCGUUCAAACAUGUCGGCUUCGCAUACAUUAAGAAUCACGGCGUGCCUCAGGACCUAAUCGACGAGGCCUUCAGUUGGAGCGCCAAAUUCUUCGCCCUCCCGGAAUCCGAGAAGAACAAAGCUCCGCACCCGCCUGAAGGUAGUUACCACCGCGGCUACAGCGGGAUAGGACGCGAAAAAGUCGUUCAGAUGGUGUUCGACUCGGACUCGAUCGCCGAACGACGCAAGACGCCGGACGUGAAAGAAUCAUUUGAGAUAGGCAACGAGAACGACACUAAAAUGCGCAACAUCUGGAUCCCUGAAGAAUCGCUCCCUGGAUUCCGCGGUUUUUUUGCUAAAUUCUUCAACAUUUGUUCAGAUCUCGAGACGCUCAUGCUGCGACUCAUUGCUUUGGGCAUGGGCCUCGAUGAGAACUUCUUCUUAAAGUACCAUUCUGAACGAACGAACCAGUGCCGUCUACUGCAUUACCCAGCAGUGGAGGAGGAACUGCUGCGAGCUGGCAAGGCCGAGCGGAUCGCAGCGCAUACAGAUUUCGGCACUAUGACGAUUCUCUUCCAGGAUGAGGUGGGCGGAUUGGAGGUUGAGGAUAUUCAUGAGAAGAACAAGUUCAAUCCCGCACCGUAUAUCCCCGGAACAGCCGUCGUCAAUAUUGGCGACUUGCUCAUGCGCUGGAGUAAUCAUGAAUUGAAGUCGACGAUGCAUCGGGUGAGGGCACCACCUUUGGUAGAUGUUGAGGAUGGGAGUACCGUGGAGAAGAAAAGGCGGAUGACGAGACCAAGGUACUCCAUUCCGUACUUUAUUAGUCCCGAUCGAGAUAAGAUGAUUGAAUGUCUACCGAACUGUCACGGGGAAGGGAGGCCGAAGUUGUAUGAACCGAUCACGAGUAGCGAGUAUAUUGCGAUGAGGAUGAACGCGACUUACUAG